AUGGGGGCCUCCGUCUCUUCUGAGGAGAGCCGCCUGCAAGCCGCGCUGCUGCUGCUCUCACAAGACCCACAGGCCGAGGCUUUCUAUCAGCAGCAGCAGCAGCAGCAGCAGCAGCAGCAGCAGCAGCAGCAGCAACAGACGAAAGGGAGACAGCAGGAAGAAUGGCGCUUCCUUGCCUUGGCCCUGCUGCAGCACUUUGGGAAGGAGUCUCCUUGCCGCUGGUCUGACGUGGGGUGUAUAGACAGCUUGUGGCGCAAAGGACAGCAACUUGCUGCAGAGGCCCCUCUGCUGCUGCACGAUCUGCUGGCGGCGCUGCAGCUGCAGCAGGAGCAGCAGCAGGAGCAGCAGGAGCAGCAGCAGGAACAGCAGCAGCAGCAGCAGCAGCGUCUUGUUGUGAAUUACACAGCUCAUGUGCCUUCAGGCGAUGCUCCUUCUCCCGCUGCAGCAGCUGUGGCUGCUGCGGAUGGCGCAGCAGCAGCAGCAGCAACAGCAGCAGCAGCAGCAGCAGCAAGAGUAGUCGAAGCAGCAACGGCAUUCGAGAGCUGGCAAACCGACACUCUGCUGCUGCUACAGGUGGCCCAGCUGCUGCUGCAGUCUCCUGCAUUGUUUAAGCACCUCGCAAAGGCCCCACAGUAUUCCCCGCUGCGGCUGCUGCUGCAGCAACUGCUGCUGGGAGCGAGGCGCAUGCGCUGCGCCUUGAGGUUGCCUAAAGCAGCAGCAGCAGCAGCAGCAGCAGCAGCAAAGCGUACGGCAGAUAGGAGAACAUCGUUAAGCGCACAGCAGCAGCAGCAGCAGCAACAGCAGCAGCAGCUCCUGCCGCGUCUGUAUGUGCAGCAGCUCGCCCUUGUAAGGGCCCUAUUAGCGCUGGUGCUGUACCUUGGCUGGCGAGUAGCCAUACACCUGGAGCAGCAGCAACAGCAGCAGCAACAGCAGCAGCAGCAGCAGCAGCAGCAGCGGUUGACAUCUAAGGAGAGACGGCAGCUGCUGCAGCUGCAUGCGUUUUCCGUGGCUUGGCGAGAGAGAUGGGUAGACACUGAUUUGCUGCUGCAGUUGCUGCACUUCUGUCGCUUCCUGCAGCAGCAGCAGCAGCAGCAAGGGAGCUGCGGCGGCGGGGAACAUCCAAUGUGCAGCGCGACAGCAGCAGCAGCAGCAGCAGCAGCAGCAGCAGAUGGUGCUGCUGCAGCAAACCGGGAUCUCCCCCUCUCACUUCUCCACGUCUGCGUCCACCCGUCAGCUGUACAUACACCUCAAAUAUCUGCUGCUGCGCAGCAACAGACAAGCAGCAGCAGCAGCAGCAGCGGUGGGCGCGUUGCUGCUCUUGAUGCUGCUGCUGCAGAGGGGUCUUCAGAAUCACCGGCGGCAGCAGCAGAUGCAGCGGCAGCAGCAGAUGCAGCAGCAACAGUAGCAGCAGCAACAGCAACCCAGGCCCCAGACCGUAGCUCUCGUCAGCAGAACAGAGGCUCUGCAGCAGCAAACCAGCGUGUGGACAAGGCAGCAGCAGCGCGAGUACCUGUUGCUGCUGCUCCUGCUGCUGCAGACUGGAUAGCUGCAGCAGAUGCUGAAGUUGUGUGCGCCGUGCUCCAGCUUUGCUGCUGCUGCUUGGGAGAGAAGCUGCACAGCCCCCUGCUGCUGCUGCUGCGAGGGGUUGCUGCAUGCAGCAGCAGCAGCAGCGUAGGGCUCAUCCUUGACCUAACUCAACACCCCAAUGAGAGAUGCAGACUCAGGGCACUGCUGCUGCUGCAGCUGCUGCUGCUGCACUCGUCUGCAGCCCUGAGGAGUCAAAUUGCUGCUGUUGCUGUCCGAGUCGGUAUGCUGCUGCCGCUGCUGCUGCGGCUGCUGCAGCUGUUGCAGCGAGGUGACGCACAGCAGCAGAACCCCUCCUGCUCUGCUGCACCUGCUGGCCUUACACUGCAGCAGCAGCAGCAAUCGCAGCAGCAAGAGUUGUGGCAGCAGCGACAGGAGCUGCUUGAGAAGCAAGACAGCUUAGAGCAAGAGCCUCCUCAAUCUGAGGACGCUGGGGAUGACUUUGCUGCUGCUGCUGCUGCUGCUGCCAGCGGCAGCAGCAGCUUGCUGGUGUUGCAGACUAAGCAGCAGCAGGUGCACCAGACGGAGGAGGCCCUGCUGCUGAGUGUUCUGGCGCUGCUCUAUGGCGAGCCUUCGGGUGACUGGAGCAGCAACAGCAGCAGCAGCAGCAGCAGCAGCAGCAGCAGCAGCAGCAGCGACAAACAAGCUACGGUGCAGCUGGUUAAUUUGCUGCCGCCCUCUGCCGUGCUGCAGCUGCAGCAGCUCGCCUCCCCAUCACCCGGAACUGCUGGCCGUACUUGCAGCAGCAGCAGAAGCAGCAACAACAACAGCAGCAGCAACAGCAGCAGCAGCAGCAGCGAUUUAGGCGGCGUCCUUUGCCCUGUCGUAGGGCGCUGUGCUGCAGCAUCAGAGGAAAUUCUGCUGCUAGAAUGGGAGUGCAGCAGCAGCCGCAGCAGCAAAAGCAGUAGCAAGUGCAGCAGCAGCAACAGCAGGAACAGCAGCACAAUGCUGCAGCCACACUGCAGCAAAUGGAAUCCCCCCAUGAAGUGGCGUUUGUUUGCUGCUGCACUGCAGCAAGCUGUUCGGCAUCAGCAGCAACAGCAGCAGCAACAGCACCAGCGGCUCACUGACAGCAGCAACUACCUCCCAGCUUUGCUGCUGCUGCUGCAGCAGCAGUGGGACGAUCUGCUGCUGUUCCGCGGUCUCUGCGGCGGGGUGUACGUGGAGCUACUACAGGAGGAUUGGAGGUCUCUCUUGCUGCUAUACGUGCAGCAGCAGCAGCAGCAGCAGCAGCAGCAGGACCAGCAGCAGGUAUUUCCUAGUUAUCAGAGCUUCCUUCGCCUACCGGCGGGCGUUGGAGGCGAUCGUCGUCAGCAGCAGCAGCAGCAGCAACUGCUGCUGCUGCAGCAACAGCACUGCGGUGUACAGAAACCUCCCGUGAGGCUUGCUGCUGUGCAACAGCUUCUCCGCCGCUUGUCGCUGCUGCAGCGCAUGCAAAGAAGGCGCGCUGCAGCAGCAACUGCUUCAUUGAGCUGCAGCAGCAGCAGCAGCAGCAGCAGCAGCGAGGUGUGGGGUUGGGAGUUGCUGGAUCUUCACUCCCUGGGAAAGCCGGUAGAUAGCAGCAGCAGCUGCAGCAGCAGCAGAAGGGGCAGCAGAAGCAAAGGCGCUGCAAAAGGAUGUGAGGUGCUGCUCAGCAGUUCACAGGCAGCAACAGCAGCAGCAGGAUCUGCUGCCGCUGCUGCUGCUGCUGCUGCUGCUCGCGUUGCUGAGGGAGCCGCAUGCAGCCUGCUUCGGCGCGGCAGCGAGGAGUUGCUGCUGCUGCAGCACUCUGCUGCAGCAGACGUUGUGGAAGACCCUUCAGCCAUGUGCACUGCGGUGGUGCAGCAGGUGCUGCUGCACUCAGCAGCACCUGCUGCUGCUUUCUUGCCGCCGCUGCUGCUGCUGUGGCAGCGGCUGCUGCAGUGUUAUCCGCAAGCGCUGCUGCUUCAUAGCAGCAGCAGCAGCAGCAGCAGCAGUAGCAAUCCUCUGCAGCAUGACCCGUUUCUUCAGGGAGACUCGCCCUUUGCUGCUUGCGGCGCAGAUGCUGCUGCUGCUUCAGCGGGUCUAUCCACCGCACCAGCAGCAACAGCAGCAACAGCAACAGCAGCAACAGCAGCAGCAGCAACAGCAGCAGCAGCAGCAGCAGGGCAUGGCCCCUGUGUACAAGGGGUGGAGGUUGCAGUUUCCCUGCUGCAGCAAGGUAGUUUACUGCCUCCAGCAGCGCGUUGCUUAGCACUUAACGUGUUGUUGCUGCUGCUGACUGCAGCAAGGCAGCAGCAGCAGCAGCAGCAGCAGCACGUGGCCUGGCUGCUGCUGCGGAGCAACGGGCAUUCGAUUCUGUUGUUGCUGCUGCACGCAUUCGUCGCUCAGGAGCUGCGGCAGUUGCAUCUGAAGAUGCAGCAGAAGCAGCAGCAGAAAGAGCAGCCGCAGCAGCAAAGCGCAGCAGUUCAUUGCAAGAGCAACCGCCAUGCAGCAGCAGAAGCGCUGCUGCUUCUGCUGGGCCUUCCUGAAGGAGCAGCAGCAGCAGCAGCAGCAACAGGGGCUGCAGCAGCAAUGGCAGCAGCAGCAGCAGAUUGUGGGAAUGGUGCAGCUUCUCAUGCUGCCCAGGAUGACUGCAAGGCUACUCGGGGGAGGAGGGGCUGCAGCAGCAGCAGCAGCAACAGCAGCAGCACCAGCGGUAGUAAUAGCAGCAGCAGCAGCAGCAGUAAUAGCAGCAGCAGGAGCAGCAGCAACAACAGCAGCUUAAACAAAAGCAGCAGCAGACCCGUGAAGAUACCUCAUAGGCGGCCAGCUGUGCAAACCCAAAUUUCUUCCUCGUUGACAGAGCAGCAGCAGCAGCAGCAGCAGCAGAAGCAGCGGCAGCAGCAGCAGCAGCAGCUGCAGCAGGCAAGCCAGCGCGAAGCCCCCUUGCUGCCUUCCCUUCUCAGUGCUCCCCGCCGCGCGCCGUACGAUGACCCCUGCAGCAGCGUGGGCAGUCUAUGCAGCAGCAGCAGCAGCAACAGCAGCAGCGGCAGCAGGAGUGGAUGCGCUCAAGGUGCGUGCAGCAGCGAUGUCAACAGCAACAGCAACAGCUGCAGCAGGAAGCGCAGCAACCGCUGCAGCAGAUGGAAACAAACGCAUGCAUAUCACGGCGUGCAUAGCGUGGGAGCAGCGGCAGCAGCAGCAGCAGCGGCAGCGGCUACGGAAGCAGCAGCAGCAGCAGCAGCAGCAGCAACAGCUACAGAAGCAACAGCAGCAGCGGAUCGCCAGCCAGUCAACGAGCAAAACCUGCUGCAGCAACGCAGCAGCACCUUGCUGCAACAGCAGUGGGAGGAGCGCGAGGGUUGUGUUAAGGGGCCCGUGGAUUUGAAGCAGCCGCAGGAUGAAGAGCAGCAAGAGCAGCAGCAAAAGCAGCAUACGCAACAGCAGCAACAGCAGCAACAGCAGCAGGACCAUCAGCAGCAGCUGCUGCUGCUGCCAGCAGAUGCCCCGUUUGCCGUCGCAACAAUCUCACCAGCAGAGGCAGCUGCUGCACUGCAGGUGCUGCACUUGGGGUAUUUGCUUCGAGGUCCGCCAGCAGCAGCAGCAGCAGCAGCAGCAGCGCAGCGGGGGCGCAAUUACCUCUGCAGGCUGCUGCCGAGCCCGCUGGCUCGCCUGCUGCUGGGUGAUGCUUCUCUCAUCCUCCCUGCUGCGGCAGCAAAUGGAGCAGCAGCAGCAGCAACUGCAGCAGCAGCAACUGCAGAAGCAAUAGCACCAGCUGCAACAGCAACACCAGCACCAGCAACACCAAAGGCAACAGAAGGAGCAGCAGCAAGAGCAGCACCAGCACCAGCAGCAGCAACAGCAGCAACAGCAACAGCAGCAGCCAAGCGGGGGCCCGUAGCUUUGGCUUCCCUUUUCGCUUAUUGUGCUGCAGGGGCAGCUGUAGAGACACCUCAACUCAUUUGGAGCCGCAUGCUGCAGCAGCAACUGCUGCAGCAGCUGCGUAAGCCCAUCUCCAGUUUGCUGCAGCGGGACAGCAGCAGCAGCAGCAGCACAAGCGACGGCCUCAGCUUUAGUAGUGCACUGAACGCGCCAUGCCACAUGCAGCAGCAGCUGCCUGCAGCAGCAGCAGCUGCAGCAGCAACAACAACUGACAGCCCUGUAGGGGCGAAUGAAGCGGCAGGAAGUACUCCAUGUACUACUGCUGCUGCUGCUGCUGCUGUUGCUGCUGCUCCGGGCCUUGUGGAGUUGGUUGCUGCAGCAAAUAAAGCAGAGCAGCAGCAGCAGCAGCAGCAGCAGCACACAAUGCCUGCACCGAACAGCAGCCAUCUGUGCGUCUACCACUCUUUAGAGAAACAGCAUCAGUUGCAGCAGCAGAAGCAGCAACACGCAAGCAAAUGCGCUGCACAGAAGCCGGCAUGGUCAGCAGCAACAGCAGCAGCAGCAGCAGCUUCAGUGCACGGAGCUGCUUUGCAAUGCUGGUGCACUGUGGCGCAGCAGCAGCAAAUGCUCCUGCUGCAGGAGAUGCAGCUGCUGCCGCUGCCUCGCCGAAGGUUGCAGCCGCUCCCUCACAAGUGCUGGCGCGCGCCGCCGCAGCAGCAGCAGCAACAACAACAGCAGCAGCAACUGCAGCAACCGCGGCCAAAGGAGAAGCAGCAAGAACCGCACCAGCAGCAGCAGCAGCAGCAGCGCCCUGUGACACUCUUGCUGCAGCUCGUAAAGUGCUUCCGCACCCAUCUCGGGUUGAGGCUGCAGGAGCAGCAGCAGCAGCAGCAGAGGGAGCAUGGUGGCGCUGCCUCAGCAGCAGCACCGCACAGAGGGCAGCAACAGCAGCAACAGCAGCAGCUGCAGCAGAGGAUUCUUGCUGCUGCAGUAGCCUUGGCUCAGGCAACAGCAGCAGCAGCAGCAGCAGCAGAUGGAGCGACAGCACAGCCGCUGCUGUUGCAACGUAUCAUCAGCUCCGAAGCUGCUCCCUUGCUGCUUUUGCUGCUCAAGGAACUUCAGUGGGGGAGUCUGCCGCAGCAGCAGCAGCAGCAGCGCAAGCAUUCGCUGCUGCAGCAGCUGCGGCAGUACCUACAGCAAGCAGCGGCUACGUAUACGUCCUGCAGCAACAGCAGCAGCAACAGCCCCCGGGGUAGGAGCAGCACCAGGAGCAGUAGCAGCAGCAGGAGGAGCAGCGCCACUAGUAGCUGCAGCACCAGCAGCAGCAGCAGCACAGUGGUGAAGAAUGCUGCAGCUGGCAGCAGCAGCAACACCUCCUCCGUUGCUACCUCUCUCUCCGAUGCUCUCCCGCAGCAAGUGCAGGAGGAGGAGGAGGAGCAGCAGCAGCAGCAGGAGCGGCAGCAGCAGCAGCAGCAGCACAACGGGCAACUGAAGAAGAAGAGCAGCAGCAGUUCUAAGCUGCAUGCAGAUGGUUUGCUGCGGCUCUCUCUCUUCUCCUCGUUGGCGUUUGCUGCAGAUGAUGCCGCUGCAGCUCACGCUUACCAGCAGCAGCAGCAGCAUCAUCAGCAGCAGCAGCAGCGGAUGCAUCUGAGCCAGGCAGUGCUGGAAGCAGUGCACUGCCUCAUAUCGAAUGCUCCAGUUGCGCGGUGGGCAGCAGCGGCUGUUGCCGCACCGAACAGCAGCAGCAGCAGCAGCAGCAGUACCGAGACCCACGCGAAAGGAACUGCAGCUGCUGCAGAUGAUAGCGAAGACGCAGCAACUUGGAGCCGAGGCAGCAGCAGAAGCAGCUGCAUCAGCAGCAGCAGCAGCAGCAGCAGCACCAGCAACAGCAGCAACAACAGCAGCGGUUGGAGGAGGAUUGACACCACUGAGCUCGAGCAAUAUCAGCAGCAGCAGCAGCAGCAACAGCAGCAACAGCAGCAGCAGAGAAUACGACAGUGGCGAAGGAUUCCUCUUUUGUGCUGCGACAGGCUGACGGAAGGGCUGAUUUUGCUGCUGGCUGAGGCUUGCAGCAGCAGCAGCAGCAAUAGCAGCACUGUUUGCUGCUGCUUUAGCUGCACAGGGUUGCUGCUGCGUUGCCUGCAGCUGCUGUGCUCUCAGAGGUCGCUGCAGCAGCGGCUGCUGCGCCAUGGAGUCCCCCUUGCAGUGCUGCAGUUGCUGCUGCUGAGUGGCGGUAGCAACACGGAAGAGCAGCAGCAGCAACAGCAGCAGCAGCACCAGGAGCGGAGGCAGCUGCCGGGGCCGGAGGAGCAUCAGAACCUACAGCAGCAGCAACAGCAGCAACAGCAGCAACAGCAGCAACAGCAGCAGGGCGUCCGCGAGCAGCACUCAAGAUUGGGGGAUGUGCUACGUUUAGGCGCAGCAGCAGCAGCAGCAGCACCCGCCAAAGCAGCAACAGCAGCACCAGCAACAAAAGCAGCAACAGCAGCAGGAGUGGUGCAGCUUGAGGAGACACGGCUGCUGCUGGCUGAAGUUGUUGCUGCCUUUAUGGGCAUUGCUCCCCGCUGCAGCAGAUUUGCUGCUGCUGCUGCUGCUGCUGCUGAAGCCGAGACGGAAGCAGAGUGCAGCAGCAGGUUUAUAUCAUUAAGAGGCAAUGUAGUGAAGGUCUUAGCGCAGCUGCUAACCCCGGCGCUGCUGCUGCAUCUGCUGCCACAACACGGAAGCUGCACCGCGUGCAGCAAACUGUGGCUGCUGCAGCUGUCCCUUCUCAGCAGCAGCAGCAGCAGCAGCAGCAGCAACAGCAGCACGAGGGCAGCAGCGGCUGCUGCAGCAAAAGGCGCCUCCAACGACCUAACAGCGGAGCUGCAACAUGAUGCAUCAAUGAAAGGAGCAGCAGCAACAGCAGUAGCAGCAGACGCAGAAGCAGCAACAGCAGCAGCAGCAACAGCAAGGCUGCUGCCUUCUGCUGCAUGCAGCAGCCUCCAGCUGCGACGAUUUGUUCGCCUCUUCUUGGGGUGUACAGACACCGCAGGUUGUCUUUGGAAUAACACAAAUCGACAGACAGUGCAUGCAGAUACAGUACGACAAAGCACUUGCGCUGCUGCUGCUAAUGCUGCUGCUGCUAAUGCUGCUGCUGCUAAUGCUGCUACUGCUAAUACUGCUGCUGCUAAUGUUGCUGCUGCUAAUGCUGCUGCUGCUAAUGCUGCUACUGCUAAUGCUGCUAAUACUGCUGCUGCUAAUGUUGCUGCUGGCAAUGCUGCUGCUGCUGUCUGCGGCGCACUCCAGCUGUGCGCGGCAGCUGCUGCUGAGUCUGCGCUCCAUCGACAGCUACAGGAGACGCAGCAGCAACAGCAACAGCAACAGCAGCAGCAGCAGCAGCAGCAAGAUGCUGCCUGGGACUUUGUCGGCGGUCUUUACUUGAGGCCUCUAGCCAUGCGCAUGUACAGACAGCAGAAGCUCGCUUCGAAUUUGCUUCUCGAGAUCAGCUGCAGCAACAGCAGGUGCAGCAGCAGCAGCAGCAGGAGCUACCGACUCUGGGGCGGCAGCAGCACUGCCCUGCAGCAGGCUGCUGCUACUCCUGCUGCGUUUGCAGCAACAUUGGAGGCUUUGACUGCUUCCGUAGCUGCAGCAGCAGCUGCAACAACAUCAGAGGGUGUUGGGGAUGAAGGGCAGCAAAAAGCAGUGCGCAGUCCAGCAUCAGCAGCAACAGCAACAGCAGCAGCAGCAGCAGAAGCAGCUUCUGCUGCAGAAAGCCCUCUGUACCAGCGUGUCGUCGGUGUAGCUGCCUUGCUGCAGCAGCGCCUCGUUCUGCUGGAGCGCGCCAGGGAGCAGCAGCAACAGCAGCAGGAGCAGCAACAAGACUACUGCAGCAGCAACAAAGCGCUGCUACCGCCGGUCCUGCUGCUGCCCUUACUUAAGCUGCUGCUGCAGCAGCUGCAGCAGCAGCAGCAGUACCCCAACCCUCUUCUUUAUGAGGCGAUUGUUGUUGCGCUGCGAUUUGCCCUGGAGCUUUGCAAGACGAGUGCAUUUGAAAGCCAGACGUUGGGGGGCCUUCGCUUUCUUGAGGGUCUCGCAUUUGCAGCCAGCAUCGCCGCUCGGUACGCAAGCAGCAGCAGCAGCAGCAGCAACAGCAGCAGCAGCAGCAGCACCAGUAUGAACGGCACCAGAUUAGCCGCAGCAGCAGCAGCAUUAGCAGCACAUAGAGAAGCAGCAGCAGCAGCAGCAGCAGCAGCGGAUGCCUUUCCUGUGUUGUUCGUUUUAGGAGUAUUAUGGGGAGCGCACUGCUGCAAGACACACAGGGCGUGCAUGCAUGGCAGCAGCAGCAGCAGCAGCAGCAGCAGCAGCAUGCUCAUCAUCAACAACCACCAGCUGCAGCAGCGACGGAAGCAGCAGGAGCAGCAGAAACACUGUGCACUUUCUGCUGUGCUGCACCCGGAAACUGCAGCAGCAGCAGCAAGAGUUAAUGGAGCAGAAGCAGCAGCAGUUACUGCUGCUUUGCAGAGCUCCGUCAGCAGCACCGGUAUUGGCAUGGUGCUGCUGCUGCAUCUCACCAGGCACGCAACCCAGCAGCAGCAGCAGCAGCAGCAGCAACAGCAGCAGCAACAGCAGCAGCAACAGCAGCAGCCGCAGCACCGUUGCGUGGCAGCAGCAGCAGCAGCAGGUGCAGCAGCAGCAGCAGCAGCAGCAAACUGCACGCUUCAGGCAGCUUCCGUCGGAGGGAAGGCCUGUGUUCGGUUGCUGCAGCAGCUCUGGAUCUGCCCGCCGACAAACAGCAGCAGCAACAGCAGCAGCAAAAACAGUCUGCUGCAGCAACAGGUGCAGCAGCUGCAGCGAGUGCUGCUCCUUCAACUCCAGAUGCUGCAGUCUGCAGCAGCAACAGCAGCACCUGCAGCGGCAGCUCCUUCCGCCGAGCUCGUAGCUGCAGAGGAGCUGAUACAACUGAUGUACACGGGAGAGGUACAGCAGCUGCAGCAACAGCAGCAGCAGCAGCAGCAACAACGCGUCGCAGCACUGAGGACGGCGUUGCAUUGGCAGCAGCAGCAGCUUCAAGGCGAACUGCAGCAAUGGCGUUAUGCUACGAGGCAGUCUGCAGCACAGCAGCAUCUCUUCUGCCAGAGCCGCAGCAGUGUGACGAGCUUUACGCGGUGCUGCAGCAGCGGCAGCAGCAGCAGCAACUGGAGCUGCAGCAGUACAUUCGCACCCGUGGAGUGGCCUGAUGAGGCUUUCGUAGAGCAGCAGCAGCAGCAGCAGCAGGAGCGCUUGCUGGUGCGGCAGCACUCUGCUGCAGCAGCAGCAGCAGCAGCAGCGUGGUUGCUGCUGCGGACCCGCGAGUUGCUGCUGGCGGAGCAGCAGCUCCCGCUGCUGCUGCCAGCGAAACCUUAUUUGCUGCUUCUUCAAGUGUACAUGCAGAAGCCAGGAGUUUACAGCAGCAGCAGUGCCGCCGCAGCAGAAGCGAUUGACAGCCUGCGCGGUGCUGCUACCGUUGCUGCUGCAGCUGCAGCUGCAGCAGCAGCAGCAGCAGGAACUCUUCCUGCUGCUGUACAGCCUUCUGCUGCUGCAAUUGCACAAGCUCACCUCCGUCUGCAACAGCAGCAGCAACAGCAGCUGGAGGACCUGCAUCAGCUGCAGGAGCAGCAGCAGCAGGAGCAGCAGCAGCAGCAACAACAGCAGCACCAGCAGCAGCAGCAGCAUCUAAGAAGCCAACUGGAGUUGCAGUUGGGCUCACAGCGCUGGACUAGGCAGCGCGAAAGACCCUUAGAUUCGCUAGUACUGAGCAGCAGCAGCAGCAGCAGCAGCAGCAGCAGCAGCUACAGAAGCAGCAGCUCCAGUACAGCCAGGAGACGCAGCAAACGGAUACAGAACAGCAACAGCUGCAGCAGUUGCAGCAACAGCAGCAGCAGCCGCAGCUGCUGCAGAAGGAGGCACGCUACCUCCGUGGAGGCCAGCGACGGAGAAGCAGCUUCAGGGUCUGCUGCUGCUGCUGCGGCUGCUGCUGCGCAGCACUGGAACAUUCCCGCCACUGUUGAGGCUCUGCUGCAUGCAUUUACUCCUGGUUUCUGCGAUAGCACUUUAGAGUCUCAGCUGCAGCAGCAGCAGCAGCAGCAGCAGCAGCAGAGGCGAUAUGCUGCUGUAUCUCAAGAAGUACUUCACUGCAUGUGGCAGGGAGUAGCGCUGCUACUGCUGCAGCAGGAAACUCCUUGGAGUCUUCUGAAUACUCGCAGCAGCAGCAGCAGCAGCAACAGCAACAGCAGCAGCAGCGGGUGCGGCAGCAGCAGAGGAGGUAUAUGCUGGUGCUGCGGCGAGAACCAUGAGCGCUGCUGCUGCCAGGCAGCAGCAGCAGCAGCAGGAGCAGAAAUUCUAAUUAUCUCGCAGCCGCUUUCCCCUGUGAACGCAACAUCUGCUGCAGCAUCUGCUGCAGCAGACGGAGUGCCCUUCACUUGUGCUGCUGCUGCUCCUACUGCUGCUGCUGCUGCUGCUGCUUGCUCCUUGCACGAAGCAGCAAUAGGGAAGGCAGCAGCAGCAGCAGACCCCCAAACGCAUGCAGCAAACUACAGCAGCGCUGGCGUAGCAGCAGAAGCAGCCGCUGCAGCUUCUGCUGCAGCAGCAGCUGCUUCUUCUGUUGCAGCAGCAGCUGGUACUUCUGCUGCAGCAGCAGGCAUCCUUUGGCAGCAGCUGCUGCUGCAGCUUCAAGACGCAUCCCUACUGAGGGAGGAGACUUUAGUGCUGCUGCUGCUGCUUUUAGAUGCAGCAGCAGCAGCAGGGGUCCUGGCGGUGCUGCAGCAGCAGCCUAAAGCUGCUGUGGUCUCUCAGCAGCAGCAGCAACAGCAGCAGGAACGGUUUGUGCUGCUGGUAUCUCCGCUGCUGCAGUUGCUACAGCAAGACGCAGCAAAAGUUUUGCUUCCCCUUUGUCGAGCUGGCAUCUGCUGCUGCAGCAGCAGCAGGAGCAGCAGCAACAGCAGCAGCAACAGCAGCAGCAGCACCCGAGCGAGGCUACCGACUCUCUGGCAUCUACACGGCAGGACAGCUGCAGCAGCGUUGGAUUUGUGGCGGCUCGACAGUGAUGCUGCAUCUACUGAAGAGAGGCCCCUGACUGCAGCAGCAGCAGCUGCUGCUGCUGCCGCUGCUGCUGUCGCUGCUGCUGUAGAAGAAGCAGCAGAAGAGACGCCUGAAGACCCUGCUGCUUCUGCUGCUGCUGCUGCUGCUGCUACGAGAAAAGCAGCGAAGAAGCUGCAGCAAGCUGGCGUGCUGUUGCCGCUGGUGCUGCUGGCUGCUAAUCACGGCAGCAGCAGCAGCAGCAGCAGCAGCAGCAGUAAACGCUCAGGAAGACACUCGGAGCAAAGUCGCAGCAGCAGCAACAAAGAGCUGCUGCUGCAAUGCUCGCUAUCCUCGGCUUGCUCCCCUGCUGCAGCAGCAGAUGCAGCAGCAGCAGCAGCAGCAGCAGCAGCAGAAGGACACAUGACCCGGCUACGAAUGUGGGGGGCGCAGCUAAGAGCAGCAGCAGCAGCCCUAAACCUCUGCAAGCUGCUGCCUUCGGCGAAAGAAGAGUUGCUGCAGCUGCUGCGAUGUGGGCAUCCGCUGCAGCAGCAACAGCAGCAGCAGCAGCGCGAGAGCGAAUCCCGUGCUGCUGUUGUGUCAGCAGCAGCCGCAUUGCUUCUCCGCAGCAGCAGCAACAGCAGCAGCAGCAGCGAGGAGGCACCGCUGCUGCCUGUGUCCCUCUCUGAGGCGUCCUUGCUUGUUUGUCUACUCUCACGUGCUGCUGCUGCUGCUGCUGCGCCGGAGAACAGUGCCCGCGGCACAGACAGCAGCAGCAGCAGCAGCAGCGCAGAGGAGCAGUCUGCUGCAGGCUCUGUUCAUCAGCAGCUUGCUGCCAGGUCCGCACUGUAUAUGUCUCUAUUUGCUUAA